GUCUGGAAUUUGAAGAAGUGGGUAUUCCCCUUCCCACCCCAGGCACUGACGGAGCGGCCCCCCGGGGAUUCCAGGACCCGAGCUCCGGGAGCUGGACUCGCAGCGGCCGCGGCAGAGCAAGCGGGCGCCGGGAAGCGAGAAGGAGGCGCCCGCCGGAGGCCCAGCUGCCCGGAGCAACUGGCAUGGCCCGAACCAUGGCCGUCGCAUGGCCUCCGCUGCUACUGACGCUACUGGUGCUGUCCUGGCCACCCCCAGGAACCGGGGACGUCGUCGUGCAGGCGCCCACCCAGGUGCCCGGCUUCUUGGGCGACUCCGUGACGCUGCCCUGCUACCUACAGGUGCCCGGCAUGGAGGUGACGCACGUGUCACAGCUGACUUGGUCGCGGCAUGGUGAAUCCGGCAGCAUGGCCGUCUUCCACCAAACGCAGGGCCCCAACUAUUCGGAGCCCAAACGCCUGGAAUUCGUGGCCGCCAGACUGGGCACAGAGCUGCGGGAUGCCUCAUUGAGGAUGUUCGGGUUGCGCGUGGAGGAUGAAGGCAACUACACCUGCCUGUUCGUCACGUUCCCACAGGGCAGCAGGAGCGUGGAUAUCUGGCUCCGAGUGCUUGCCAAGCCCCAAAACACAGCUGAGGUUCAGAAGGUCCAGCUCACUGGAAAGCCGGUGCCCGUGGCCCGCUGCGUCUCCACAGGGGGUCGCCCGCCAGCCCACAUCACCUGGCACUCAGACCUGGGCGGGAUGCCCAAUACCAGCCAGGCGCCAGGGUUCCUGUCUGGCACAGUCACUGUCACCAGCCUCUGGAUUUUGGUGCCCUCAAGCCAGGUGGACGGCAAGAGUGUGACCUGCAAGGUGGAGCACGAGAGCUUUGAGAAGCCUCAGCUGCUGACUGUGAACCUCACCGUCUACUACCCCCCAGAGGUAUCCUUCUCUGGCUAUGAUAACAACUGGUACCUCAGCCAGAAUGAGGCCACCCUGACCUGCGACGCUCGCAGCAACCCGGAGCCCACAGGCUACAACUGGAGCACGACCAUGGGUCCCCUGCCACCCUUCGCUGUGGCCCAGGGCGCCCAGCUCCUGAUCCGUCCUGUGGACAAACCAAUCAACACAACUUUCAUCUGCAAUGUCACCAAUGCCCUAGGAGCUCGCCAGGCAGAACUGACCGUCCAGGUCAAAGAGGGACCUCCCAGUGAGCACUCAGGCAUGUCCAGUAACGUCAUCAUCUUCCUGAUUCUGGGAAUCGUGAUUCUUCUGACCCUCCUGGGGAUCGGGCUUUAUUUCUAUCAGUCCAGAUAUUCCUGUGAGUUCCUUUGGCACCAUCAUCUGUCUCCCUCGAGUAAUGAGUAUGCCAGCGUCUCGGCUAAUGGGUAUAUCUCCUAUUCAGAUGUGAGCAGAGAGGCCAGCUCUUCCCAGGAUCCACAGACAGAGGGCACAAGGUGACACCGUCGGGACUGAGCAGGGAGAGAGACUGGAGCUGCAAGGACAUGGGCCUCCAGAGUUGGACCCCGCCCCAAUGGAUGAAGACCCCCUCCAAAGAGACCAGCCUCCCUCCCUGUGCCAGACCCCA